AUGGCCGGACCUCGCAUCCCCACGGACGUGAAGCCCAACAAGUUCGUCGAGGCGAACGGGUACGCGCGCGAGGUGGUGGAGAAUACCUUCCGGUUCUCCCUCAAGAACCUGGGCAAGUUCGCCAUCUUCGGCAUAGCGGUGCCGGUGCUCAUCUACAAGGGCUGCGUCCAGGAGUUCCACGUCGCGGACUCCAAGUACGGCAGGCCCGCCAAGAAGUUCGCCAUGGACGGCAACUGA